GAGCCGAGGAGCAGCCGCCGCGCCGACCCCCGAGUCCCCCGAGCCCCCCGAGUCCGAGCUCCGAGCACCGAGGCCCGGCCAACAUGAGCCACUGACCCGCCUCUCAGCCCCGGGACGGACGAGCGCACACACACGGAGGCGACAGAGCGGCGGAGGCGAUGGCACAGCAGGUGACCCCGAGCUCGCAGAAGGCCCUGAUGGUGGAGCUGAAGAGCCUCCAGGAGCAGCCGGUGGAGGGAUUCAGGAUCACGCUGGUGGAGGAGUCCGACCUCUACAACUGGGAGGUGGCCAUCUUCGGGCCGCCCAACACGCUCUACGAGGGCGGCUACUUCAAGGCUCAUAUAAAGUUUCCUGUGGAUUAUCCGUACUCUCCCCCGACCUUCAGGUUCCUCACCAAGAUGUGGCACCCAAACAUCUACGAGAACGGAGACGUUUGCAUCUCCAUCCUCCAUCCUCCUGUAGAUGAUCCACAGAGCGGAGAACUGCCCUCGGAACGCUGGAACCCCACACAGAACGUCAGGACGAUUCUGCUCAGUGUCAUUUCACUUCUGAACGAACCCAACACCUUCUCCCCCGCCAACGUGGACGCCUCCGUCAUGUUCAGGAAGUGGAGGGACAGCAAGGGCAAGGAGAAGGAGUACGCCGAGAUCAUCAGGAAGCAGGUGCUGUCCACGGCCGCCGACGCCGACCGCGACGGGGUCAAAGUGCCCCGGACUCUGGCGGAGUACUGCAUCCAAACCCGGAUGCCCUCCCAGGACUCCAGCUCGGACCUGCUCUACGACGACCUCUACGACGACAUGGAGGAGAGCGAGGAGGACGAGAGCGAAGGAGAGAGCGUCGGAGGAGCCCACGGAGGAGGACGAGUCUACGAAGACCAGGACGACUCGGGCAACGAGGACUCGUGAUAGACAGAGGAGAGAGGAGGAGGAGGAGAGGAGAGAAGGAGGGAAGGAAGGGGACAGAGGGAGGAGACUAGGGAGGAGGACGAGUCUACGAAGAUCAGGACGACUCGGGGGAAUGAGGACUCGUGAUGGAGAGAGAGAGGAGAGGAGAGAGGGAAGGAGACAGGGAGGAGAGGAGAGAAGGAGGGAAGGGGACAGAGGGAGGAGACUAGGGAGGAGGACGAGUCUACGAAGACCAGGACGACUCGGGCAACGAGGACUCGUGAUAGACAGAGGAGAGAGGAGGAGGAGGAGAGGAGAGGAGAGAAGGAGGGAGGGAAGGGGACAGAGGGAGGAGACUAGGGAGGAGGACGAGUCUACGAAGAUCAGGACGACUCGGGGGAACGAGGACUCGUGAUAGACAGAGGACCAGGGAGAGGAGGAGAGAAGGAGAGGAGAGAGGGAGAGGAGGCGAGGAGAGGAGGAGGGAAGAGAGGGAGAGGAGGCGAGGAGAGAAGGAGGGAAGGGGACAGAGGGAGGAGCCCAGGGAGGAGGGCGAGUCUACGAAGACCAGGACGACUCGGGGGAACGAGGACUCGUGAUAGACAGAGGACGAGGGAAGGAGGGAGAGAGGAGGAGAGAGGGAGUGUGGGAGGAGAGAGGGCGUGAGAAGGAGGGAAGGGAACAGAGGGAGGAGAGAGCGUGGGAGGAGCCCACGGAGGAGGACGAGUCUACGAAGAUCAGGACGACGUUGAAAACAAAGACUCGCGAGAGACAGAGGAGGAGAGGAGAGAGGGAGAACGAGGAGAGAGGGAAUAGAGAGGGAGGAGAAGGAGAGAGUGGUUGGAGGACGAGUCUGGGAACGAUAGAGGGAGAGAAGGAGAGGAGAGGAGAGAGUGGGAGGAGGACGAGUCUACGAAGAUCAGGACGACUCUGGGAAGGAUGGAGAGAGGAAGAGAGAAAAGGAGAGGAGGAGGAGGAGUGAGGAGGUCAUGCAGAUUAUUUAGUGAGAGGAGAGAUCUGUUACUGAGAGAAGAGGAGGAGAAAAAGAGGAGAGGAGACGAGGAGGAGGAGGAAGAGAAGAAGAAGAGGAGGAGAGAGAGAGAGAGAAACACGUCUUUCUUCAUCAUCAGCUCGUGUUUCACUGGAGUUUCAGUUUCUGUGGAAUCUUCACCGUUUGCCUUAAAGUCUGGAGCGCCCCCUGGUGUCUGCCGCCGUCUCACACCUCCACCUUUAAACAAAACACCGCACCACCUCCUUCUUCUUCUUUCUUUUUUCUUUUUACACGUUUUUUUUUUCGCCGCUGGGACACAGAACUCCUCCGAACACGACAAAAAGAACCGUUUUAUUUUCAUUUCGGCUCCACAGAAUCACGCGUCGUGGUGAAGAGUUUGGUUUAAAUGAAAAGACUCUUCCUCCUCUUCUUCUUCUUCCUCCUCUUCUUCUUCAGCUCUGUCUCGCGUUUUACUCUGGCGGGUCAAACGUACUUUCUGUUGUUUUAUUUUGGCGAGGCUUCGGGGCAGUUCAAACCGUGGACUCAGAUCGGUCGGAUUUACCUCGAUGUCGUUUCACCAAAAUGUUCGAAAACGACUUUACGCUUUUUGUUUUCAGAGUUUUCAAAGUCGCUGCUUUACAACUGGUGGGAGCCGAAGAGCUGUUCACAGACGCCGUGUCACGCAGGGUUUAUUUUUAUUUUAUUUUUCUCACAUGUUCUAACGCCGUCGCUUCUUCAAAAACGUGUCUGUACGAGGCUCCGCCCACAAGCGACGUGAUUAUGAACACAGCUUUUCCAAAACCAUAAGAGGAACGUGUUGAUCUGUGACGAGUUACAGUGAACGUCUGAAGCUGCCGAUACGAUAAAUACCUCGAUACUUACGAUACGUUUUUCGAUACAGCACACUUUCGAUUCAAAAUGAUUCGAUACGAUACACAGAUGUCUCACUUCACAGAACAAUCAUUUUGUCAAUUCUGG